CCGGGCCAAUUUGCGCCGGCUGGACAGAAUUAUGAGACGAACGGUACUCAUACUGUCAGCGCCGGUUUUCUGGACGUGAUAGCCGGUCCAUUACUUAAUUACCGUCGCAUGGACGCCAAUGGCUCCUCCGCGACGUACUACGGCAGUAUUCUGAUCGUUACAAAUCCCGGGCAGUCCCAACCGCAAUUAUCCCUACGUCACGUUGGACCCGUGUCGCAAGAAGCUGCAAAUGUGCAGCCAGGAUCGCAGGCGCCCAGCACAUACGAAGGUGUCAAGCUGUAUGAAGAUCCAGUGAAAGCGUUUUGGAGAUUCCAAUUCUCGUUUCCCCUGGCCGAUUAUGAAGCUCGCUGGGCAUAUACCAUUCCGGGGUUCCGAUAUGUCAAUGAAUCUGCGUCCAACGCGUCUGAGUGGACAUUUGUGGUCCCCGCUUGGCAUCAGUCUAUGCGUAUCAUGUUCCAUUCGUGCAAUGGAUUCUCGGUUGGUACAGAUACAGAAAGCUGGGCUGGUCCCGCAUUAUGGAACGAUGUCCUGCGAGUUCACGAAAAGCGGCCUUUCCAUGUCAUGAUUGGUGGCGGUGACCAAAUCUACAAUGAUGGCAUUCGUGUUGAUGGGCCGCUUAAUGAAUGGACAAACAUCAAAAACCCUAUCAAGAGACAGGCGCAUGACUUUAAUGGCAAAUUGAGGGCUGAAUGUGAUGAAUUCUACUACAAAAACUAUGUGCGAUGGUACAAUCACGAGCCUUUCAAGACUGCCAACGGACAAAUCCCUCAGGUCAAUAUCUGGGAUGACCACGACAUCAUCGAUGGCUUUGGGUCGUACACUGACCAUUUCAUGAGAUGCGCAGUGUUCAGGGGUAUCGGAGGAGUCGCCUUCAAGUACUAUUGUCUCUUCCAGCAUCAUAUCGCACCACCAAAAUCUACUUUUACCACGGAUGCAACAGAGCCUUUUGAUCCUCGUCAAUUGGAGAAUACGUUCGUUCUCGAGGAACAGACUGCUGAUCCACGAUGGAUAAUGGGCAAAACGCCGGGUCCGUACGUUGAAGAGAGAAGCCGCAACUUAUACAUGCGCCUGGGACGGCGAAUCGCAUUUGUUGGUAUUGAUGCGCGCACUGAGCGUACACGUAUGCAGGUUAAUUAUCCCGAGACUUAUGAUCUGAUCUUCCAGCGCAUGGAUCAAGAAGUUAGUCAGGCUAAUGGAGAGAUCAAGCAUAUGAUUCUACUGCUCGGGGUUCCUAUUGCUUAUCCUCGUCUCGCUUGGCUGGAGAAUCUUAUCACAUCUCCGUUGAUUGCGCCAAUUCGCCUGCUCAACAAGCGAUUCGGUGUUGCCGGAGGUCUCUUCAACAAGUUCGAUGGUCAAGUGGAUCUCUUGGACGAUCUUGAUGAUCACUACACUGCGCGACAUCAUAAAGCUGAGCGCCGAGAAUUAAUCCAUCGUCUUCAGCACUUUUCCAAGGAACAUUCAGUGCGUAUUACAAUCCUCGGUGGCGACGUCCACCUAGCAGCACUGGGUCGGUUUUAUUCGAAAGUCGACUUGAAUAUCCCCGUCGAGAAUGACUUUCGUUUUAUGCCAAACAUUAUCAGCAGUGCCAUCACCAAUAAACCACCUCCAAAGGCAGUGGCCAAUCUCCUUGCACGAAGGAACAAGAUCCAUCAUCUUGACCACGAGACAGAUGAGACACUUAUGCCACUCUUUGACAACCCUCCCGGUGGCGUGGAGAAGAGCGCAUCCUGGAACAAGGUCACCAUGCCUUCGCGCAACUACGCCUGUAUCACCGAAAUUGUGACGCCUGCUACGAACGGCUCGAGCUCACAGCCCCACUCAUUGGCGCCCAGUACUGCACCCAAGGAUGGCCACUCACCGUUGCAUAUAGGUGAAGAAGGCACUGGAACAAGCCAUCCAGCUGCGGAUGGAUAUAGUAACACCAGUCAAUUGGCCGGUGGACUGGACGUGGCGAUUCGAGUUGAGAUUGAACAAGGUAACCGUGACGGUAAUGCGCAGGGUUAUGGAUUGAGCAUUCCACAACUUAUUGCUGUAUAAUUCUAGUCCGUGGUAGUACAUGGACAUCCAUGAUGCAUUCUUUGAUUAUUACUCAUAAUUAUUAUUGACCUUGAUGUGUACCCAACCAAUACCCCCAUGUCUUUAUUUCUAUAUGUCGCCUAAUAAAUAUAUAGUCUACCAACAUACUUGGACGAGGGGUUCCUAGUAUUUAUAAUCGUGC